CAAGAGACCGACAGUUUAGAACCAUGCAUUCGAGACUGGACAACCGUAGGUUUUAUCCCUACUUCAAGGAUUGUAUUGGGGCAAUUGAUGGCACUCAUGUUCCCUGUGUUGUCUCCAAAGAUCUUGUGAAUCAGUACAUGUGCCGUAAAAACUUAACAACCCAAAAUGUCAUGGCCUGCUGCGACUUCGACUUGAUAUUCACAUUUGUCAAUGCUGGUUGGCCUGGUUCAGUUCAUGACAUGAGGGUAUUUGAUGAUUCGAUGAAUAAGUUUGGACAUGUGUUUCCUCACCCACCUACAGGGAAGUUUUAUCUGGUAGACUCCGGGUAUCCCAACCGUCCAGGGUACCUUGCGCCGUACAGGACCACAAGGUACCAUCUCGAAGAGUUUCAAAACGCAGAAGAACCACAAGGUAAAGAAGAGUUGUUCAACUACGCACACUCCUCACUUAGAAACUGCAUUGAGCGAGCCUUUGGAGUGCUCAAGCAAAAGUUUAGGAUAUUGAUGGGUAUCCCGAGUUAUAAUCUACAAACACAAACACAUAUAGUAGUUGCUUGCAUGGCACUUCAUAACUUCAUCAGGUUGAGUCAAGAAAGGGACCGACACUUUGCUCGUUGUGACCGUGAUCCAAACUAUGUGCCGGUUGCUGCUUCCGUAGAACAGCCACCAACUGAGGAAGCGCCUGUUGUGUUAGAUAACCAACAGAUGAACGAAUUUCGUGAUUUGAUUGCAUUUCAAAUGUUUCAUGGCGGCCAAUAAAUGUGUGUUCAAAUGCAUGGGCACUCAAUUAAAUCAUGUAUUUGUAGUUGUAAUUUUAUGAGGACUUGUUUUUUUCCACUCGGUUUUUGUAAGGGUUUGAAACAUUUUUUUAUGUUUGUAACAGUUUUGUAAUUUUUGUAACAGUUGUGUGUUGAAUAAAUUAUUUCCUUUGGCCCAAGGGCACGGCUGCAUGCUGCAUGCAGAGUGCGGGCCAUUUGCAACAGUUGCACGGGCCAUUUGCAUGCUGCAUGCAGAGUUCAAAACACCAUGCACGGCGGCAGUUUGGCCUGACAUCCAUCCAUCCACGCGGAGUGCAUGCAGAGUUCAGUCUUUUUUUAUCCUCUCAACUGCCGUCCAUCAUGAGGCCUGA